AAAUUUACCCCUACAGAAACUUCAACUGCUUUGCAGAGUGUGCAAGUUUUUUUUUUCUCACAGUUUGCUAUCAUUUCACUGUAAAAUAUUUCAAAUUCCUCAACAAAACAACGUUACCUAUUAUGAAAUAAAGAGUUGUUUAAAAUACAUUUAUUAAUAUCCUAACUUAAAUAUUGAUGAACAAAAAACAAUACUAUUACUUGAAACAUUCAACCAUCAUCGAUAUCACAAUAGACCUAUUAAUUACCAUUUGAAAAAUCGAUGCUUUGUCAUAUUAAAAGUAUGAAGAGAAACAACAACAACAACACUAACACCAGCCAGUCAACCCAACUUUCACUUUCAAAAACCUGUUAGGUGGUGUGUAGAGACAGACAGAGACGUCCGCCUCUAUUACGCGAGAUGAAAAUUCGGCAUCGUAUCGUAACGAAGAAGGUGUGGAGGUAGAAUUUGCAAACUAUUGCAUUUGGGCUUUAGGAAUCGGAAUCGGAUGUUGAUGUGAUCGAAAUCGGUCUUGUUUUCUGCGCGGCGGGUAUCAAUUUAGGUUAAAAGAUAUGGCUAAUCUUUUCUUUUAUCGACCCAUUCGAUGGCUAAAAUGGUCAACACUUUUGGCAAUUGUUUUUUAUUUAUUCUUUAUUGGUAUCACAUUCAAUGUAACAAUUGGAUCGAUGAAUAAAUUAAUCUAUUCUAAAAAACACAAUACCUUGGCUCCAAAUUCGGCAGAGGAAAAGGACAUUGAUACGUCAAGUGAACGCCUGGAACCGGAAACUGUUAUUUUGGCGGCAAGUUCAACAGACGAAUUAAAAAUAUUGGAAAAGGCAUUUAAAAGCGCUGAUAAAAAUCGAGACUCAUUUCUUGGUAUCCAAGAACUGGCCAAAUAUAUUAACCGAAAAAUAAUCGAACACAUUGAGUGGGCCAUCGAAAUGAAUCCAAUUGAGUUCAGCAAAGUAGACAGAGAUCCUGGUGACGGACUGAUAACAUGGGAAGAAUAUCACACUUAUUUUCUCAAAGAACAUGGUGUCGAUGAAAACGAAAUUAAAGAUCAUAGUGAAGUUAAGCAUACAUCACUGGAUCGUAAGGCAAAAGAAGAAAUGAUGCGUGACAAAGCACGUUGGUCAGAGGCGGCUCGUAUUGAUCUCUUCAGCUUAACACUCGAUGAAUUUUUGGCUUUUCGUCAUCCCGAAUCGAGCACUGCCAAUUUGCUCAGUUUGGUAGAUGAUCUUUUGCGACUCUUCGACAUAGAUGGAGAUGAUCAAUUGUCAAUUGAAGAAUUUUCUGAUGUCACAGUAGACGAUGAUGAUGAUGUUUAUAGGAGAUCAGUUAUUUCCAAAACUGUCGAAGAACGUCGAGAAGAGUUCAAGAGGAUUAUCGAUAAGAAUAAUGAUGCUAGAGCAGAUCGAGGAGAACUACUCAAUUAUGUUAACCCUAGACACCCAAGAUAUGCUGUACAAGAAGCUGCCACGCUUAUAAGUUUAACUGAUUCUAAUAAAGAUGGAAAGUUAUCUCUCAAAGAGGUUCAAGAUAGCGCAAAAAUAUUCCUUCAAUCUAAAAUGAUCGACACUGCUAAUAGUUUUCAUGAAGAAUUUUAGGCACGACAACUAUAAAAAAGCCUCCAAUUCAUAAAUACUCUAUUGACUUUCAGCACAAUUUGAUUCUCAUGUUCAAUUUUAAUCACCGUCCUGGGGCAAUAUUUUUCAUAUAUACUCGUAAUU